GCUUGCAGAUACUACAGCACGCACAGCCGGCAGGGUCGCCUCAGGCUCUCAGCCAGAACGACGUGCUGCUAGCUGCUCGGAAGAAACUAGCUAGCCAGCAGACACCCCUUCCUUCUUCCAGCGGCAGGGGAGGCGGCAUGGGGUUGGAACCUGUGGCCGCGAGCCGGGAGGAUGAGGAGGCCAAGAAGAUGGAGGCCGGCGGCGACACCAUCGGCCAGAAGCUCGACGCCGGCGCGCUCUUCGUGCUCCAGUCCAAGGGGUCAUGGCUGCACUGCGGGUACCACCUGACGACGUCGAUCGUGGCGCCGCCGCUGCUGAGCCUGCCGUUCGCGUUCGCGGCGCUGGGGUGGACGGCGGGGAUCAUCUGCCUCGUCAUCGGCGCCGCCGUCACCUUCUACUCGUACAACCUCAUCUCCCGCGUCCUGGAGCACCACGCGCAGCAGGGCCGCCGCCAGCUCCGCUUCAGGGACAUGGCCACCGACAUCCUAGGGCCUGGAUGGGGGAAAUACUACAUCGGCCCGAUCCAGUUCCUGGUGUGCUUCGGAGCGGUCAUCGCGUGCACUCUCCUGGCCGGCCAGAGCAUGAAGGCGAUCUACCUGCUCGCCAACCCGGGGGGCACGAUCAAGCUGUACGUGUUCGUGGCCAUCUUCGGCGUCUUCAUGAUGAUCCUGGCGCAGCUGCCAUCCUUCCACUCGCUCCGGCACGUCAACCUCAUCUCGCUGCUGUUGUGCCUCGCUUACAGCUUCUGCGCCGUCGCCGGCUCCGUAUACCUAGGAAACUCCGACAAGGCGCCCCCGAAGGACUACUCGAUCACGGGUGACGCGCAGAACCGUGUGUUCGGCGUGUUCAACGCCAUCGCCAUCAUCGCCACCACAUAUGGCAAUGGUAUCAUCCCUGAGAUACAGGCAACGGUGGCGGCGCCGGUGACGGGGAAGAUGUUCAGGGGUCUGUGCCUGUGCUACGCGGUGGUGGUGACGACCUUCUUCAGCGUGGCCAUCUCGGGGUACUGGGCGGUCGGCAACCAGGCGCAGGGCACCCUGCUGAGCAACUUCAUGGUGGACGGCGCGGCCGUGAUCCCGGAGUGGCUCCUCCUCAUCACCCAGCUCUUCACGCUGCUGCAGCUCUCGGCGGUGGGCGUGGUGUACCUGCAGCCGACCAACGAGGUCCUGGAGGGCCUCUUCUCGGACGCCAAGCAGGGGCAGUACGCGGCGCGGAACGUGGCGCCGCGGCUCGCGUCCCGCACGGCGGCCGUCGCGCUGGCCACCACCGUCGCCGCCAUGGUGCCCUUCUUCGGGGACAUGAACUCGCUCAUCGGCGCCUUCGGGUUCCUGCCGCUCGACUUCGCCGUGCCGGCGGUGUUCUACAACGCCACAUUCAAGCCGUCCAAGAAGGGGGUCGUGUUCUGGCUCAACACGGCCAUCGCCGUCGUGUUCUCGGCGCUCGCCGCGAUCGCGUCCGUCGCGGCGGUGCGGCAGAUCGCGCUGGACGCCAAGACCUACAAGCUUUUCGCCAACGUGUGAGGAGCUCACAAAUCCAGUAACGCACAGAAAGGUCUGCGUGUAAUAACCGAUGUAAGAGGUGUACGGUGUCUCAGGCACGCGCAAAUGUGUUUUUCUGCCUGCUUACGGAGUAAACCACGAAUCUAGCUUUGGGAGGACUGUCCACAUGCAAGUCAGACCGCCAUACAGGAGAUCUUCAACCGUCGUUCUCUAUAUCCUUCUCUAUAUCCUUCAUUUACAGAAUUCUCUACAAGAUUCUCUUCUCUAUAUCUCA